CAGAGGCCUGACUCCGCCUCCUCCGUGCGCUUGCGCAGACGGUGCUCUCCGGCCGGUGCUUGCCGCCGGAGGAAAGCGGAAGCGCAGGCGCAGUGUGUCGACGCGGCCAAGAUGGCGGCGGUGUGCGCCUCACGCUGGCUGAGGGCAGCAGCGGUGGCGACGGUGGGUGCCGGAGGGAGGCGCGCCUGCGGGGGCAGGGAAGCGCCGCGGCUGCUGCUGUCGCUCCGUCUGGCCCGCUGGCUGAGCGCGGGGCCGGCCGCCUCAGCCGCACUCCUGCCCCGCCUGGCCCGGAGCAGCUCUGGAAUACAGCAGCGUCUCCUGAUCUGUGCUGCCCCGUUUCAUACUGGCUCCAUAGCCUGCGCCAAAGAGGAUUUUUACCAGAUUUUGGGGGUGCCUCGAAAUGCCAGCCAGAAGGAGAUCAAAAAGGCCUAUUAUCAGCUUGCCAAGAAGUACCACCCUGACACAAAUAAAGAUGAUCCUAAGGCAAAGGAGAAGUUUUCCCAGCUAGCUGAAGCCUAUGAGGUCUUAGGUGAUGAAGUAAAGCGGAAACAAUAUGAUACUUAUGGUACAGCUGGUUUUGACCCAGGCUCAGCAGGCUCUGGGCAGCAGUACUGGAGGGGAGGCCCAACUGUUGAUCCAGAGGAGCUGUUUAGGAAGAUCUUCGGAGAGUUCUCGGGUUCCUCUUUUGGAGACUUUCACACUGUCUUUGACCAGCCCCAAGAGUACAUCAUGGAGCUGACGUUCACUCAGGCUGCAAAGGGCGUUAACAAGGAGAUUGUGGUGAACAUCAACGACUCCUGCCAGCGCUGUGAUGGCAAAGGGCAUGAGCCGGGCACCAAAGUGCAGCACUGUCACUACUGCAAUGGCACCGGCAUGGAGACGAUCAAUACAGGUCCCUUUGUGAUGCGCUCAACGUGUCGGCGGUGUGGCGGGCGUGGGUCAGUCAUGACAACUCCCUGUGUGUUAUGUCGAGGCUCUGGCCAGACCAAGCAGAAGAAGACAGUGAUGGUCCCUGUUCCAGCAGGUGUGGAGGAUGGGCAGACUGUCCGGAUGCCUGUAGGAAAGAGAGAAAUUUUCAUUACCUUCCGGGUUCAUAAGAGUCCCGUGUUCAGGAGAGACGGAGCAGAUAUCCACUCGGACCUCUUCAUCUCAAUCGCUCAAGCAGUCCUUGGAGGUACAGCCAGGGCUCCAGGUCUGUAUGAGACCAUCAACAUCACGAUACCCCCAGGCAUUCAAGUUGACCAGAAUAUUCGGAUGAGUGGGAAGGGCAUUCCCAGGGUUAACAGUUAUGGUUAUGGAGACCACUACAUUCAUAUAAAGGUCAAAGUUCCAAAGAGGCUGACAGACCGCCAGCGAGCCUUGAUGCAGAGCUAUGCCGAGGAUGAAACUGAGGUGGAAGGAACAGUGAACGGUGUCGCAAACACCACAAGUGGUGGCUGGGGUGCGACUAGAGCGGGGGCAGGCGAGGACAGGCCUGAGGCGGGGGACAGCAAGGAGGGAUUCCUAGCUAAACUUAAGAGAAUGUUCAGCUCCUGAUAAACCCCACCAGAGGGAAGCGGUCUGCUGGUAACUAGACGAUGGGUGGCAACAGUCCAGUGGCCGUGGUGUCCAUCUUGGAGAAGGGACCCCAGGAGCCUGGCACAAGAAUCAUUGUCGCAACCUGUAAACCUGUUUGGCAUCAUGGCUGCAUUGCUGGAGGAGGACGCCUGCUUCAGGACGCGAGAUGUGUACAGGUCCCUCUGCAGCAUCAGCGGCCAGAACUGCGAAGGGCUCCCAAGGUUCCCUGGGCUUGAAGAAAACCUAGCUGCUCCUGCUCUUCUAGAUAAAGAUAAACCACCAACUGGUGGGGACCUGAACAGUGAAAUGAAGUGUGCUUCCAGCUCAGUGCUGGGUCUUGCUAUCCCAAGAUCUUGAAAAGCCCCUCAGAAAACUCUUGCAAUUGCCAGCCUCAUGUUCUGAUUAAAGAAGUUAGGGAAUGCACCGGCUCCUUGCAAUUAGUUGCUCUAGAGAAGUUGGCGAAGGCCUUUAUCUUGAAAAGUGGCAAGUUUACUUGUGCGCAAGAGGCAGCUGCAAUGUAGUCUUCUCUUGAAUACAUAGCAGCAUUAGAAGCCUUCUGUGAACUGCCCUCUUUAAAGCUGACCAGAGGAGGUGGGGCUUCACACGGCCUCUUGUCCUGCGUGGAUUCUGCUCCCAUGAAGGAAAGAGACUUGCAUGGUCACAGCUCUCUUCCAUGAGAGCGGUGGGCAUGAUGAGGACACGUGUGUCUCUUGCCCUGUGCGCUCAUGUUAGGAAGCCAUGGCCAAUCGGCAACUUGCCGUGUGUGCACAUGUAGUAAAACACACGUGUGUUCCUCACGCUCAGCUCUCAUGGAAGUGACAAGGCUGCAGGGAAUAACUUGAGAUGUGAAGCACCCAAAGUUGCCGAGAGGACUGCAAGACAGCAGCCUCUGAAAGCAUUGUUACCUGGCUGCGAAGAGGCACUUAGAACUGCCAAACUCUGUGGCAGUGCAAAGGUGGCCACUGCACCCAACUGCCUUUAGUUGAGACUUACAGCCAGCACCCCAUUUCAUCUGCUAGGAAUACAGCAUUCUCCUCUCACUUGCUAACGUAUAGCUCCUGUGUAACCUCUUCACCUUUGGUUGAUAAGGUGAUUCUAUACAAAUGUAAAUAAUGAAGUGUGUUCUAUAAAGAGGUUUAGAAUCUG